CUUCGUCGAUGUGAGGGCGUCUUCUAAAAUUCAAUUGAUGAGAUUCCAACGUGACUAACGACCCAGUCGACACCCGCAACAAUGGCUGUCAAUCACAAGAAGCCGAUAUGGGAGCCCCGCAAAGUGGACGAAAUGAACAUCACCAAGUUCAUGACGCACGUGAAUCAAAAACAUGGCCUCCAACUUCGUACUUACGAAGACCUGCAUCAAUGGUCGGUUGGCGAUGAGACGUUCCAGGACUUCUGGAGAGAUGCAUAUACAUGGCUGCAGCUAGCCCCGAGAGGAUCAGGUGAACCUGGCUGCGUAUUGAGCCAAGAGGAUGCAACUUCUGGGGUUCUCUUCCCUCCCCCUCAAUUUUUCCCUAAUGAGAGGAUGAACAUUGCCGAAUUUCUCCUGCGCAAUGGCAAAGACCAGGACGUGGCUAUUCACUUCUCAAGAGAAGGCGUUCCUGGAAUCGAAAAGGUCACCUGGCAGGAUCUCCGAUAUCGGGUCCGGGUAGCGCGCGAUGCAAUGAUCAACUCCUCCAUUGUACCCGGCGACGUUGUGGCAGCCGUCAUAUCAAAUUCGGUUCAUUCCAUCGUUUUAUGUCUAGCAGCUCUAUCUAUUGGUGCCAUCUGGUCUUCUUCAUCACCGGACCUGGGGCCCGAUGCUAUCAUUGACCGCUAUCAGCAAGUCGAACCAAAAAUAAUCUUUGCUGAUGAUGGGUACAUCUACUCAGGAAAACUGAUCAAGCUUGGGGGUCGCAUCGAACAAUGGUCCCAGGCUCUUUCUCUUGGCAGCGGCACCCUAAAGGAUGUUGUAUUGAUCCCUUAUUGCGACCUCGACAUGCGUACAUAUAACAUCUACCGCGGAUGCUCUUACACCAAUUUUCUCCGUCGCGGCACUGGUGGAAAUUUGGAUUUUGCCAUGCUUCCAUUUUCUCAUCCCGCCUUCAUAUUAUACUCGUCCGGCACAACAGGCAAACCAAAAUGCAUUGUCCACUCUGCGGGUGGUGUGGCUUUGAAGGUGAAGACGGAUAUGAUCUUGCAACAUGACGUUCGCAAAGAGGACAUUGUCUUUCAGUACACCACCACAUCCUGGGUCAUGUGGGUGUUGAACUUUGUCAACAUAUCAUCUGGAGCCGCGAUGCUGCUGUAUGAUGGCUCUCCGUUCCACCCCACGCCGACGGUGUUAUUGCAGCUCGCAGAAGAAGUUGGAGUCAGCGUAUUUGGAACAUCUCCACGUUAUCUUGCCGAGCUGAAGAGCCGUGAGAUUGUGCUUCGCAAACUAUUCGACCUCUCUAGACUCAGGGUAGUAACAUCUACCGGUUCUGUGCUAUCUCCUGAUCUGUACGAAUGGUUCUAUCAAACAGCCUUUCCACCCCGUGCUCAACUGGUCUCGAUGAGCGGUGGGACAGACAUCUCGGGAUGCUUUGUAGGAGGAGCUCCUAUUCUCCCAGUCUAUUCCGGUGAAAUCCAAGCGAAGGCUCUUGGUAUGGCGGUAGACAUUGUAGACAGCGCCCAAAGCGAUUCCGUUUCCAUUGAGCUCUCAGGAGCCCCCGGGGAGCUGGUUUGCACGAAACCUUUUCCGAGUCAGCCACUCCAAUUUUAUGGUCCCGAUAAUCAUGAAAAGUACCGGUCGUCUUACUUUGACCGCUUUGGACCUCGAGUGUGGUGUCAAGGCGACUUUAUUCAGCGACUUCCAGACACAGGCGGCUUAGUCAUGCUGGGAAGAUCCGACGGUGUUUUGAAUCCAUCGGGGGUUCGGUUUGGGUCUGCUGAGAUCUAUGCUGUUGUCGAUUCGUUUCCUCAAAUCGCCGAUAGCAUUUGUGUUGGCCAAAGACGAGACUCUGAUGCGGACGAGAGAGUACUUCUGUUCAUCAAGAUGAAUACAGGCUCCAAAUACACAGAUGAUCUGGUCAAAGGUUUGAAGACUGCCAUCAGGGAGAGGUACACUCCCCGACAUGUCCCGAGUUUCAUCUUCGAGGUUGCAGACAUCCCAUACACUGUCAAUGGAAAGAAGUGCGAGAUCAAUGUGAAGCAUAUCGUCUGCUGUCGAAAGGCUACUGUUAGCGGGACAGUAGCCAAUCCAGAGGCAUUGAAACUAUACACCCAGUUUCAGAAUUUGCCGUCCGUUACAGUAGAUACCCGCAAGGGUAGUAAACUAUAACUAGUUAGAGAACCAUGGUUUACAAAC